AUGCCCUCAUCCAUUUUCUCACUUCUCCUCAUUUUUCUUACAAAUUCUGCUGUUUUUGGAGAAAAUGUUUAUUGUACUUAUUAUCGAGAAUCGAAUGAAAUCACAUGCGGAACGGUCACCUGUGCAACUCAUAUUCCACCAAACAGCGAACUUGAGGAAGAAGGUCUCGAUGUGAAAUUACCUCGCGGUUGGUACCGUAUCGGAACGAUGCAGAUCCGUCAUGACACUUCAUGGCUCAACUUAUAUCGUCGACGGGCGGUCGGAACAGGAUAUUGGGAUUUUUACACAAAUAUUCCGGAACGGAAUUGUGCUGGAACAUUUGGUCUACACGCAGGCGAAAAUAUAUCGGGAACAGUGACCGUAAAAGACAAAAAAUGUUUCGAUCGCCUAAUUUAUCAAAUUGAAAAGAAGUCGACAAUUGAGAAAUUUGAUCAUCACGAAGCGGUUUACCCAUCAGCUCCACCGCCUUAUACGCCGCCAGCUAACAACCUUCCGCCGCCGCCGCAACAGAUUCCAGCGGGCACAUAUGCUCCGCAACAAAUUCCGGCGGGCAACUAUGGCCAACAACCCGCCGGACCAUAUCCACCUCAACCGGCUCCGCAAAUGCAAUACGCUGCAAUGCCGGCUGCCACCAACGUGGUGAUUAUUCAAUCUCUCAAACUGGCACCAUCAUUCGAACCAUACACCGAAUUUUGCUACCGAUGCAACGAAAACAUCGUAACACGUGUUCAAUACACCAUGGGAUUCUGCUCGUGGACGAUGCUGUUUUUGGGAAUUUUCGUUUUUUUCCCACUAUUGUGCUGUUUCUGUUUGGACUCGUGCAAAGAUGCACGUCAUUACUGCCCCAAAUGUGGGACAUAUUUGUCCCUCAAAAGGAGAUAA